CUGUUCUAGGUCCACGUCACUCAUAUCGAUUCCCCACCGCCGGCCUCCCUCUCGACCAUCUUCUCCGCCAACGAUUUGGCACGCCAGCCAUUAACCUCGCCUCGUGCUGUUUUCGAUCUGGGCUGACAGCACCCAAGGUAUCGCUCCGCUGAAAUGCAACUUGCCAGGAUCUAGUCUCGAUCGAGCGCUUAGCCCGUUAUGCUCUCGACGAACUCGGGAGUUCGUAAAUGAGAGCUUGAGAUCAGCUGACGGCUGGUGCUGGAUCACUCUUGUGAACCGCGAACUGCACCUGGAGCCCAGACGGGAACAAUCACUCUUGUUACAGGCAGUCAGCAAGACGGCUCUUUGGCCUCGGACAUUGGUGCAUUUCUCACAGGAUCCUGACCCCGGAGUGCUAGUUUGACAGGCAUGCGAGUCUGGCGCUGCGAUGCUGCGGGUUUAACCCAAUUCUAAGCCUUGUGUAUCUGAUCGUAUCAGCUUCUAUCUCUAAUGAACGCACCAGGUAGACGAGCGCUGCCAAUGCACAUGCGGUGAGGCUCUGAAUUUGUGUCGCGGCAUUCCAGCGCAACCUCUUUGCUCUCCUCACCCAUGACUAACACUCAGCCCCUCUCGCACUCGUCGCCCACCGGUCCAGAUGAUGAUUGGAAGAAGUUGCUCAGCGAGGCCAUCACGGCAUACGAGGAAAAGACCGGGAAGAAGCUGCAUGAACUGCCGUUUGCUCAAGACGUGGAGGACUGCACCACGCUGGUCGAUUUCUUCGGAGUAUUGGACAAACACCAGAAAGCUUUCGGCGAAUUCCGUUCCCAAGACGAGAGGAUUCGGGCGAUUCUCAAGCCCAUUGCGUCGCUCACUCAGGCUGUCAUCGACCCUGCGGCCGAAGCGGCAGCCACUUUUGUUCCGGGAGGGAAAGGGAUCUUUGUCGUUGUUGCGGCGUUUCUUCAGGCGUCCAAGAGAGUCAGCGCCAAUUACGACGCCCUGGAGCUUGUCCUACUCCGGUUCCAGCCGUGUCUCGUCCGUCUGGAGAUCUAUCUCGGGCUGAAUUCUUUCGCUCAGCGUCGUGCCCUCCGUGAUGCGUUCUUGAAGAUCCUCGUUCUCAUGAUCAAGAUCUUCGGUCUGCUCACAACGGAUCUGAAAUCGAUCCAUAAACUCAAGCGGGGCCGGUGCUGGGUAACGCAGAAGCGAAUCAGGGAUUGGGUAGGCCAGCUGCUGCAAGCCGAUGAUACGAAAGAUGCUCUCAGUGAGCUCGACGAGCUUACCAAGCAAGAAGAGCUUGCUGCUGUGAUGGAAAGCCUGAUUGCGGCAGAAAGGGCACGAACAGCGGCAGAACAGGCUCAAUCGGCCGCACUGGCUGCACAGGAUACUGCGCUGGGGGCUCGAUUUGCUGCUCAGGGUGCACAAGACGCAGCCCAGGGCGCGGAAAUUGCUGCUGAAUGUGCUGAAGUCGCUGCCGAGAACGCCGAAGUCGCUGCCGAGAACGCUGAAGCUGCUGCUUUGGGCGCUGAAUCUGCUGCUCACGGCGCUUAUGUCGCUGCUUUGGGUGCUCAGGUCGCUGCCGAAGGUGCUCAAACUGCCGCUGAGGGCGCUGAAUUUGCCGCUUUGGGUGCCGAAAUAGCGUCAAGACAGAACAUAUUACUCACCGGGACUGUUCAUAACAACAUAGUCGAAGACCGCAUCAAGACGUGGCUGAAACUGUAUGACACGGGCAUUCGCUUGGACAAUCUACGCAAUGAUAAGCAUGAGGGGACCUGCGAAUGGCUCUUUGACGAGGAAUUUGACGACUGGCUUGAGACGCCCAACGCAUUGUACUGGGUACAUGGCAAACCGGGUGCUGGGAAGAGCGUGUCGAUGUCCGCCCUGGUCGAGCGUCUACAGCAACACAAUCAUAUAUUUGCCUUCUUUUUUGUCACGUACCGUGAAGCGGAGUCGCAGACCGUGCCGAAUAUCCAGUCGUCACUGGUCUAUCAGCUCGCCACCCAGAUGAAACUGUGCCACAAGAUAUUGGAAGCGGCGUACAACAACCGAGGCGCAAGUCUCACAGCAGAGCAGAAGACAGUGUCUGGAUGUCUCAUGGAGAUGCUGAAGACCUUGCCGCAGCGUGUGAUUCUUGUGAUCGAUGGACUAGACGAGUAUCCAAAUCCUGAACGCUCAAAAAGCCUGUUACCCUUCUUGAAAGAACUGCAUGCUGCCAAGAUCCAUCACCUGCGGCUUUUGCUGGCAAGCCGACCCGAGCAUGACAUUGAAUCUUCUCUCAAGCCACUAGCUACUCACUGGCUUGACCUUGAAGACAAAAAGAAGAUUCGCGGAGACGACAUUGCCAGCUUUGUCCAUGCUCAGCUUGAGGAACAUUGCUCACGUUGGUCCAUUGCCACUCGGAAGAAGGCAGAGAAGGCUUUGAAUGAGAAGGCUGAUGGGAUGUUUCUGUGGGUCUCACUGCAGAUUGACCGUCUCCUUGAAUGUGAUGCCGAUGUGAUUGAAGAAGAGCUGGCAAACCUGCCUUCGGACGUCAAAGGGACAUAUGACCGGAUCAUGGAACGACUUCGGGCUAAUGGGUCCUUCCAUCGCUCCCAGCGUCUUCUCUAUGCCGUGGUCUUCUAUACGGUCUCCAAUUCCAGCUUGCAUGAGUCAACUGCGGCGGCUAUCACUAUGGUCGGCCUUGACUGGGUGGUCAACAACGGAAUGCCACAGCCACCCGAUCCGUUUAAUGCCCGCGAUGUGAUCCGUCGGUGCGGGUCAUCAUUUCUUCAGAUUGAUGGAUUUUCGCAAGUUCGAUUUGUCCAUUUCACAGCCCAGGAGUAUUUGCAGGGACUAGCGGAUUUCGACAAGCACAAGGUCUUUGUCACUGUUUUCACGGCCUUUAUCACCGCGGCGCUGCUGAAACUUGUUCAUCCGAGGGACGAGUGGGAAUGGCCUAACUCGGGGGUACGCCUGCGCGAGGCGGAUGUGGAGCCUUUGCUAUCGCGCAUUUUUGAUCUGCCGGAUGCGCUGUUGCCACAAAUACUGGAAGGACUCGGAAGGACUUUUGCAGGCUCACGGGCAGUAAUGGGGCGGUCAACCGCCAAGUUGGCUGCGGUGUACGACAGCCGCUUGCACUGGGCGAUGAAAUGCAAUUUACCCAAGAAGGCUGAGGCGCUGCUUGCCGAGAUGGGCGACGAGAAAAACCAUUCUCGACCUGUGCGGGUUCUCAUCCGCGUGAUCAGAGAAGCCCUCAGACAGGAGGAUCCCAGAAAACACUACUUCGACACGAACUCAUGGAUUACCUGGUACCCCAGUGUCGCGGAGUGCGAAGCACUCAAGCGCGCAGCUGACAGGGAGGACUGGUUCUCUGUAGCUACAUCUAGCGGAGACUCGACAGAAAGCCUAAUGCCAUUCGAUGCCCAUCCCGCUUUGCACUGCGGUCUCCGUGUCUUCCACAGCGCAUUCGCAAUUACUGAGCCGGACAGUCAUAUCCAAAACCGCGAGGUACAAGCACAACAGGAACAGCUAUUUUUGCUCUACGGAUGGACAACGAACCCGCUCAUCGAAUACUACAUCACGGAGAACUCCAGAACACACCACCCUUCGACCGGCCUGUCCCAGGUUGUGACGGUCACCUCUGACGGCUCUAGCGGCAAGAUCUACCGAGCACAGCGCGUCAAUGCGCCUUCCAUCUCCAGCACUCCAUCCUUCGACCAUUUCUGGUCCGUGCGCAUGCGGCAAGGCUUUGGACAUAUGCAGUGCAGUUCCUGCAAGCUCCCCUCCUGCUCUCUCCGAUGGCAAACUUACAGCCCUCAUCGUAUCCGCUCACGAUCCCGGCCACUGCUCGAGACGAUAGUUACGUCGAGGGCUGCGACAUGGCGGAAGAGUUUUGCGAUGAACCAAAAGGACAUCCAGAUGGGUUAUCGCGAAGUUCGUCCGCUCGUGAUCAAAGGCGUCAGCUUCGACGUUAAGGCCGGGAAGAAGAUCGUUGGGCUGCAAUCGGGUGAAGUCAGCAUUGACGCAGCGAAUAUUGCCGAAUGUGCUGUUCUUGGGCACUCUGCGCGAGAACUAGGACCCACAAAACUCGAGGACGGACGCAGAGCUGUUAACCGUGCUGCAGCGUGCAUGGCUACUGCCGCGACCCGGGGAACCGUCUGACCCCAUAGCCGAAUCCAAGUUCAGUCUGAACUCCACCAUCGGCGAUGAGACCGAACUACAGCGCCGGCGAGAAGCAACUGCUCUCCUCUGUCGAGUGUUGGUAAAAAACAGCCCGAUCAUCGUACUGGACGAGGCGCCGAGCAGUGUUGAUGUAGAGACGGAUGCCAAGCUGCAGCGGACGAUCCGGACAGGGUUGGGAGCUCGAUGUUGCUGUGCAUAGGAUCGUCUACUACGAUCAGAUUUGGUGCGCCAUGUAACCUCUUCCUCGAUGUCGGAUUCUCGCGUCCUCUGGAGAAAGAGAGUGUAGUCGAAUUGUAUCGAUCUGACGUAAUGUAGAUUUGUACAAACUGCCACUUGAUUACUUGACCAGCGCGAGAAACGACCAGCUCCAGGGCAACUUCUACCAGCUGAACUGUGCCCAGAGACUCCGAGCUGUCCCAGAUGAUCGAAACGCUGAAGCACGUUGUGUCGACCCAGCUCAAUCUAUACAGAGAGCUCGCUUGAAUGCAUCCCCGUGCCGGACACGUUCCAAUCGACAACUCUCCUAGAUUCUCACAUCUUCUAUCCCUAUCCCAUCAUGGUGUGGCUGGGGUCAAGAGUCAGUCGCUGGAUAGUCUGGGCUGUGUUGAUGUGGAAGAGGUCGAUGAAUGGAGAUCUAUUUGCAAGUCACGGUGAUGGACGUGGACCUAAAUUACGGGCCCGAUCGCUGUGGUAUCUGGUGAACCGGGACGCAAGCACCAGUACAUCCAUCUGUGGGAUACAGAGAAGUACCUGGGGGCUCGAGGACCGCUGGUUCGACUUGAUGCAGAAGCUGUCGUAUCAGGCGUCGACUUUUCAUAAUCACAGCAGCGUUAGCCAGACAGUUGCGAUCAACUCAGCCGACUCGAGGCAUCGGCGUCAGCUGUCUCGAUUUCGUCACAAGUGCAUAGGGGGGGGCAGCAGUACGCUCGUGUGGGGGACAUUCUAGACAUCCAGCCACCAAAACCAAGCACGAGCUCGGAAGCAGCGAGACCUGGCUCCCAUCUCAAAGAGCUCUGGAUGCACAUCGUUCGCAGCGACAUCGUGGUCGGCCGGUUGGAGACGUUUCGAGAGGCUGACCAUUUCGCAUGCUUCCCGAUACCGCCAUCAAGCAUCUUCCCAGAGCACCGCUCUGCCGCAGGGUUUCGUGACGCCGGAUGUCCCUGACGCGUUGUGAAACGCUGUCGCUGCCGAUAGUGGGAUGAAAACCCGCGUUCGCCGUGAUUUUGAAGCUACUUGCGCUUUUCAUGCGAUCGAAAGUCCGUUGAUCCCAGCAAGAUCGGUUUCGUACUGGCUUACAUGCUGAGGGCCUCCCAAAUCUUCUGUCAGGUUGGGCGUGGGACCAGCGUAUCCGCCGUUUACACUCUCUGAUCUGUUGCAUCCACUCAAUCGAUGCCGCACGCAGCGCCCGACUCUCUUAUUGCGUCAAUGACUCCCGCCAUCCAAAUGGAUCUAUCGCUACUCAGGACCCCUACGAUGUGAGAUCACGUGCAGCUUGGGGCAUCGGCUGGACGCAGUAUUGCGAGCGCUCUUCCGAUCGACACGGAGAGGUGAUUCACUGCUGUCUCUCUGGUGCGCUCGGGAAAUCGGCCAUGGCCACUCAGCACAUGAGUAGGAUCGUUCCUCAGAGGGAUGUGCAGGCCACAACAGGGGACGGACACUGACUGAUGUCGUUCCGGCGGCCGAAGCGUUUUUAACUGCGAUUGGGAUCCUCAUAAGGUCAAGGCGCCUAAGGGCAUCCGAGAUAACCGAAUCAUCAACGAUGUCAGCUCGAUGCUCUUGGCAGAAUACGAGCUCCCUCUGCCCCACUGCCGGUGGGCGCUAUCCGGCCUCGACUAUGGGCGAUGCAGCGCACAGAGAUUCUCAAUCUGAUCCAACCGUGCCGCUCAGACGAUUCGGGGUGAAUAGCGCUGGGAAGACAAUGGAGAGGUGGCCCCGAUCCCGUUGCUUGAGUGUCAUCAAGACCGUGCUGGACAAUAGAAACGGGCGUUGGACCUGGAGAUGCUGGUGCUUUGUGCUUUCUACCAUUCUUCUUCAUGGCUUGAUUUCGGUCCUCGAAUGGACGUGCGCUGGACUGUUGACCGCUCGCAAUCAAGGAAGAGAUCCACUAGUCCUUUUCACGGAGGUGAUGGGCGUACACUCGGUCAGCAGCAACGACGAGGACUGUCCUAAGAACGACGACGAGCCGACUCGUGAGACGCCGCUGGAUUGAGACCAAUCUCAAUAUCAGCCAGCGCACUCGACCACCGAAAUGCGAGGCUGUAGGCGAGACCAUGCCAAUGGAACGGGGGUUGUUGCCUACGUUGUUGCCUAUGUUGCUGCUCUGUGCUUUCUUUCUCUUGCGCACGUCGUCAUGUCGACCUGUGCACGCGCCUGCCCUGGACGUUUUGAAGCCCGCGACACUUCUUGAGCCCCCCACGCUGAAGCCGAACUCGUUUGUGGUCGUCUGUGGUGCAGCCGGCUGACCUCAGGCCACAAGCUGUCCGAUGGUAUUGCUCUGAUGCCCCCCGGAAUCAACAGACUCGAAAUAUUUGUCGGACCUCGGGGGCUCUUAUGAGUUUCUGGAUGGUGUAAUCCACGGUGUUGGACUUUAUCCGCUGUACAAUAUGCCAUGUCUACUCUGAUCUCAAAUUCGACUUGUGCCGGUCUCUCGAUCACCCAUAAACACCCUGAUGCAUCGGUCAUUGUGGAUGCUCACAGAUAACAGAAUGGCUGAACCAGGGGCAAGCUUUCGAGAUUUCCCAAGACUGGAAGACGGUGCGGUUUCACUCACGAGCACGACAGGUCACAUCAGCGCCGGGUGAGGAAACAUAGAGAUUAGGGACUAGUCGAUAUUAGAUCAAGCUCCAUUGCACUUUGAAUAUCUUGGCGACGCGCCGUACGAGAUCGAAAUUGUUUCCGUGGAUCCCCAUCGCCACAUAUGUCGGUCCGGGCGGGUGAGCCGGCAGAGGUGUCGGCGAUGCAUCGAUGACAGGCCGUCGUCAUUGGCCUCGGAGCUUUCUUGGAACUCUCGGCCGCCGGACGAAGUUCGGCGGAACCGUCCCUGACCCUCCCGUCAUGACAGAAUAUCGCAAGCUGCUGCUGCUGAUCUUGGGACGAAAACGCGCGUACGGCGCGGAAGCGAAUACACUUCGAUGCUGAGAAAUCGUAUCCCGACCAAGCCAAAGAAUCCCUCAUGCGCUUCUCAUGAAUACGGGCUGCCGGCCCAUUCGAAUUCCCGGAUGAAAUCGUACUUGGGAAUCUUCUAGAGGCACACACUCCAUGUGCAAGCACGGGCACGAACGCUCCACCGCGGUCACGCGCGUAGAUUUCUCGAGCAUAUCAUCGCAGGAGUGGACUCCAUGCGCAAAGGACGACCCCCAACCGGGACCCCAGCUGGAAAACAUGAUCACCGCGACGAAUGCUCCACUUGGGGACUCGGUCAAUUUGGUCUUUGCACGUUCUACGGUGUGGCUUGCUCCCUUCCGACUAUGUGAGCAUCACCGAGAUAUCUCAGAGGAUCGAAUCUCUGUUGGCCCUUCUCGCUCCCUCACUGCAUGGUCACUGAAAUUGUUUCUGCACUGAAGCUCGAUCUGCCAGACCACCUGAAUCGAUGCAGAGAUCCCGAUGGAAUGCAUACCUGCGUUGUACUCGUUCCAGCCGACGACUCUCCCAGAAAUGAUGAAACAUGCGUGGUCCCAAGUCUGGUCACCGAGACAUCUCACCCGCCCGCCUCCAUGCUGGGUGCUGUGGCCGGGCCUUGCACUCUCUGAACUCUUCUUCUCUUCCUGCAACGUCGAAUCGGGAGUUUUAGUCUGUGGAUAGGCUGGGCUGUGUUGAUGCGUAGGAGGCCGACGGAUGGUUUGAGAUCUGGGAGGGAUUCAACGAAACACACGACACCCUCACAAAAAGGGGGGUCGGAAUCUGGAGCUCGGCUCUGGAAUGCCAUAGGAGAUCGAUGCGCUGGUGACGUUGAUGGAUAUGGACUGCAAAUACGGGCACGAUCUUGGUGGUCUCUUGUGUGCCAAGGUGGAAGCACAAGUGUGGGAUUUUGUUGAUACUUGUACUAAUGGGAUACUGUACACUGACUGCGAUGACUUGGACUAAGCACAGGACCAGAAGCUCAGCGAUUGAGGUCACGAACUAUCUAGUGUCAGUGCGGACGCUCAGAGAAGAACGUCGCUCGAAACCAGGUCUGCCUUCGAUCAUUGCGAGAGUGAAGUGAGAAUCUGGCCCAGAGUCCGGUGUUCCCGAUCGCAGAUCUCUAUCUGUCAUUGACCUCAGACUGGAACUCUCAUGAUCACCUCAGUGGACACCCGUCCUGACCCUCCCGUCGUGAUAAACAUGGUCCUGCAAAGCUCGGAACGUACAUUAUUCGUCAGGGAUAUCGCGACUGGGACGCUCGGGGUUGUCUCAAUCCCGAUCUCGACGAACGUCGCUUUCUGGGGGAGCCGGAGCAGGGCAUUUACGAUGAGGAUAUGACGAAUCCGAUGAGCUUCCAGGCUCAGACGACGCGGACGCAGUGACGCACCAUCGAGUUUCGCGUCUUGGGAAUGUCUUGCCAACCCUCCGGCCGACAAACACCCGCCAGGGAGGGCACGAGAAGCACUCCACAUAGCGAUUCGAGAUCCGGAUGACGAGCGCGCCUCUGUGCUCCAGGAUGUCUUUGACCCGGUGGACAUGGUGUGGAAUUACGGGUGCAAUUUCAGUGGUAGCUGUUGUUCGUGAUUCAUAUAUACACUAAUCUGUACUGUCUUGCAAUGCAGACUUGGUGCUCACAAUUCUACUGCCUGACUUCGUGCACAAGAAGUCAUAUCGUGCGUCGACUCACUCCGGCCCUAAUGAACAGAAUGCCCC